UUAUCAUCAUUAUCAUCAUCAUCUCUGUCCGAUAAUUGACACUUUCUUCCAGUUCUGUAAAAUCAAACAAAUGGCUGAGGAGGAAACGUCGUCCAUCUCCGAGCCUAAUUCAUCCCCACCCGACGACGAUGAUGUCUCCGUCUCCGUCUCCGGCUCGGCCGGAAGGAGAAUUCAGCUGGUUUCCCGGUCGGUAUCGGACCGGCUGCUGUCCAAAUUCUACGAUGUCUCGGAAUUCAACUUCGACUACACGCAGAGCGGGCUAUGGUCGCCGCCGGUCGAAAGAAGCGUGUUUCUAAAUUCGCCUGGACGCCUUUCCACCAAACACGACUUUGCCGCUAAGCAAAGAACCGUUCUGGAAAGCCACGCCCGAAGACGAAGAAGAUCUCGCCUUUCUUUCAAUGCUUGCUUGUGUUCUCCGAGAAGGUUUGGACAGUAACUAAAUUAACAAAAAUUCUCGAUUCUGGAAUUCCAACCAGUUCCAUAAAUGGCACUGCACAGUAUGUACUGCUAACCCUCGUUUUCUUUAUUUAUCCAAAUUGAAAAAUAUAUAUAUAUAGAUAUGAACCAGUAUUAAUUAAGAUUAUUGCUUGUAUAAGUGAAUUCGACGUGCUCUUCAUCUCCUUCUCCAUACUCCAUUUUUUUUCUUGUAAUUCUAGGAAGUAAACAAAGGCAUAUUCUCUGCA